GUAUUAUUCCCACUGUGGUCUGCAGAGCCCUGGCCUCCCCAGGGGUGACCUGGGGGCUGGGCUCCUGGAACCGCCUUACUUUUAUUCAUUUAUAUAUAUGGGUUUUAAUCUAUAAUAGCAUUUGAACAAAAGGGUUACAUUGCUAAAAUAAAACAAAACAAGAGCGUGUACCUUAUCACAAUGGCCUAUCCCUGUAUAAUCUCUAAGCUGGAAUUCCAGAGUAGAAGUUUUUUCCUUCCUCUAUAAAAACCAAGGCAAAGAAUGUCUAGAGGCUUUCUUCCAUCUUCCUUUCAGCUAGAGCCAAAGCUUCCCAUUGUGCUGGGUGCAGGACCUCACCGCUUCUCUGCUUAGCUCUAUGAGAAUCAGAGCCCGGGAAGAGAGAAUGUCGGAUGUGUUUAUCUGUGUUUAGGUCCACAUCAUCUAGAUUUAUGCAACAAAAUGUAAUAAGCAUUAUUUGUAUCUAGAUACAUCCCUGAUUUUCUUAAACCCUUGACUAGCCUUAAAGCAUGUUUUCUUCCAUUUUAGCUUCUGGAAGCACAGAGGUGCUAAACAACUCCACUGUUCUCCCAAGCGCCUUGGCGAGUCGGACAGAGAGUAUGCAUGUUGCCACCACGCUCCCCAGUGGUGUCCCAGGGUUGCUCCAGUCCUUAACCAUCAGUCUGUGGCCUCUAAAUGAGACAGAGAGUUUCCUCAAGGACUCCAAAAUUGCCCGGACUUCAGUAUCAGCCCAUUCUUCACACUUUGAGGCAGGGUUGCAAAGAAACAGUGAAGUAAUCAGGAAUCCGGGGGAUGGGGGAUUCAUUGAGCCGUCCACAGAAAAUGGAUUUGGCCUCGCAUCUUCCAGGGUCUCCGUGGGAUUCUGGCAAAAUGAUUCCCCAACCUUGGGAGGAGACCAGCUUGCCAGCAGCUUGGAGGCAGAGCAUGGAAGCCCCGUGUCUCGGACCGAGGCUGUGUCCGGGUCCGUCCCGUCGGGCAGGAGUGGAGACAGCACGGCGCGCUCCUUCUUGACCAACAGCAAGGCGUUCACAGAUGUGACAGGAAGCUCUACUUCCCAUCCUGAAGUUGUGCACGCUUCAGUUUUGACCCACUUCUCAGCCUCUGCCCCCCAGUCUAGAGAAAGUGACGGAGCGCUGGGCAAUAGGAGCUCCGCUGAGCCGGCCACCGAGUCCUUGUCCUCAUCCUCCUCCGAGAGCCUGGAUUCCUCGGCACCACGUGGUGAACGCUCGACCACUGAAGAUGGUCCGGAGCCCGGAGGCAGUUCUGAUGUGGAAGAGAGGACUUCCCAGGCUCACCACCCGCACACUUCAGCUACUUUCACCGGAACUGGAGAGCGCACGCUGCGGUCUCUCACCAACGCGAGCACAACUUCUGGGGAAGUGCGGCAUUCUGUGGUAGUGCCCAGAGAAACCGAGAGCGCCACCCAACGCGGGAACGUGACCGUGACUGGUGACGCCCACUUGGUCUCGGGCUCACUGGCGGCCUCACCGUCCCUGGGAGUCACUGGAAUGAGCUACAAUCAAGUGCGUGGCACGGAUAUGGAACAGGGGACUUCCAGUGACUACACAGACCACACCUAUGUCUCAUCUACUUUCACCAAAGGAGAACGGGCGUUACUUUCCAUUAUAGACAACAGUUCAUCCCCGGACUUAAGGGAGAGUUCUACCUCUUCUACUAAGAUCUCGAACUCUUCACAUUCAGACUAUUCUUCCUCUUCCCAGGCUCAGACUGAAAGAAGAAAUGUGUCGUCCUAUGAAAGGGAGUAUGCCCAGCCUUCCACUGAGUCGCUGGGUCUGCGCACAGCCAACGUUCCCUCCUACGCACCCACCAUUAACAUGUCCAACACUUUGGUUCUUCUGGACACUGAUGCUGCAUCGAUUGGUGACUCUUCUUCUUCUUCAGGGCCCCCUUUGCCCCUGCCCUCAGUGUCCCAGUCCCAUCAGUUGUUCUCAUCAAUCUCACCAUCGACCGGGGCCUCUACUCUUCCACUGCAGUCCACUCCCGAUGCGCCCACACCAGUGUCUUCCUCACCACCACCCUUACCAGGGUCCCUGACAGCAUCUGCCCCUGCCUCACCAUCUGCCUCCCAAACAACCCUACCACCUUCACUUUCUACCCUGGUCCUACCCAGGGCAAGAGACACCCCUGUGACUUCAGUUCAGACGGGGACAAUGGCAUUAUCUGUGGCAAUGCUCCCCAGCGGUCAAACAGCAGAUCCUAAGAACCAGAGUCACCCACACCAUGAGAAAGUCAUUACAGAAUCAAAGCCACCAGGCCCGGAGUCUCUGCCCACAGAGGCCCCUGAAGCUAUAACAGUGAGAUCUACGUCAGGGAUCCCUAUGCCCUCGACCUUAACAGAGUCCUCCACUCAGCAAACCCUCCCAGCCACGAGCACCAGCAUACCCCAAACGUCUCCAGCUUUGACAACCACCGUCCUCGAGACCUCUCAUCCCUUCAGCCCUGCGUCAACCACAGCAGCUCCCAUGGCUGACCCCACAACAGUACAGACUACGGCUGAAAAACAGCUCUUGCCAACCAGCCCCGAAAUCCCAGCACCACGGAUCUCCACAGAAAGCUCUGUCACCACAGAAAGGAGCCAAGUCCAUGGAGAUGCUACCAGCCAGUUGAUCCCCCUCACCAGUGUACCCACAUCAGCAAAAGGAUUGACCCCAAGGCCUGGCAUGACAGAACACAGCCCGGCUUCACAUUUCCUCAGAACAUCUCCCCCAACCACAGGCAUUUCCACCGCUGAAGCAUUGACUCCUAAAUCUACCACCGUCGCUGCCCAGAGCAGCACGCAGUCGCCAAAAGCAUUGUCAUCUCCAGCCUCAGUUAACAGCUGUGCCACUAACCCUUGUCUUCACGACGGGAAAUGCGUUGUGGACCCCACUGGCCACGGGUAUCGCUGCGUGUGCUCAGCCUCCUGGCAAGGGGAUGACUGCAGUGUGGAUGUGAAUGAAUGCCUCUUGAACCCCUGUCCACCCCUGGCCACAUGCAACAAUACUCAGGGAUCCUUCACCUGCAAAUGCCCGGUUGGCUACCAGAUGGAAAAAGGAAUAUGCAAUUUGGGUAAGAGAAUGAAUCUAUCUUGGAAUGAUUCCUGCACCACAAGGAGGUCAAGGGACAUAUUCAUGGAUAUUCCUUUUUCUCUUUCAGCAUGUGAAGAUGGAUAUAGACUCGAAAAUGAAACCUGUAUGAGUUGCCCAUUUGGGCUUGGUGGUCUCAACUGUGGAAACCCUUAUCAGCUGAUCACUGUGGUGAUCGCAGCAGCAGGAGGUGGGCUGCUGCUUAUUCUAGGCAUCGCGCUGAUUGUUACCUGCUGCCGAAAGAGUAAAAAUGACAUAAGCAAACUCAUCUUCAAAAGUGGAGAUUUCCAAAUGUCCCCAUAUGCCGAGUACCCCAAAAACCCUCGCUCACAAGAAUGGGGCCGAGAAGCUAUUGAAAUGCAUGAGAACGGAAGUACCAAAAACCUCCUCCAGAUGACGGAUGUAUAUUACUCGCCCACAAGUGUAAGGAAUCCUGAACUUGAACGCAAUGGACUCUACCCGGCCUACACUGGACUGCCGGGGUCACGGCACUCGUGCAUUUUCCCUGGACAGUAUAACCCAUCUUUCAUCAGUGAUGAGAGCAGGAGAAGAGACUACUUCUAAGUGCGGAAGACAGAGGGAGGGCCCAGCACUCUGAGCAAGUUUUGGGCCCUCAGCUGCUCAGAGGACUGCAGCAGGGGGGAGCGUGCUCACCGGCUGCCCCCAGGACUCUUGGAGCCACACUCCAGUGGCAAGCGGGAAGUGGGACAGGCGUGAGGGGCGUGACCGCAGGGGAAGGGCACAGAUGGAUCCGGGACGUGGAACUGAGGGCCGCUCCUUGGGCACCUUCGCCCUUACUGUGAACGUGAACGUGGGCCAGUACCGGGAGUCUCUGAGUGCCGUAGCCGCCCCCGGGCUGACUCGUAGCCAGGGCACGUCGUCAGGCGCCUUCGCCAGGACCCAGUCUUUCCUUAGUUUGCACUUUAGUAAAUUGGAUAGGGAGGUCUCCUUUCGGAUUUUUUCCAAGACUGUUCCAAAAAGGCCUCUUUUCCUCAGACACUCCCAUAGGCCUCGAUCUGGUGAUUGAUUUACCGCAAAAUACAGGCUCUUUCGUUGUUUUCCUGCCCGGUAUCUCCGUGCUAAACAACAGAUGAUGAUGAUGAACAUACCACUAAGGUUUGGAGAUGCUGCAGGUGAGCAUACAGCAUUUUAGCACGUUCUAGGUCUUCUGCAGUUUCCAAGCCAACCCUCAAAAUGAGGAACUGAAAUGUGGGAGGCAUAGCACACACUCCAUUUUUUAGUCAAGGUGACAUUUAUUUAAGAUUAUAUUUUCCCUCUGCAGUUAAUUCUCACUUUUUCAAGUAAGUCCGCAUCAGGGCAAAACAAGUUGCAUUUGCUUUUAAUUAGAGGCCUCCCGCCGCCGGUAGUGAGGCUGGGCAGGCAGCGCCGUGCUCGGGGCCCUGGGGGGAGGAGGCCCGGAGGGUCACAGAGCCGCAGGCCGUGGGGCGCUUCUCAUCCCGGAGGGCAUCGCCCAGUGCCGGUCCCGGGGAGUGUGACCCCCCCCUGAGGCCGAAGCUGCCGUGUCCGUGCAGUAGAAAUGGGAAGCUGAAUGCAGCCUGGGCCCGAGUGGGUAUUCCACCGCUGAAGGAGAAGCAGUGGGAUGUGGCUAGAGGACUGGGCUGACCGGGCACGUUCUGCUUCCUGAAACCCCCGCGCUUUGGGAAGCCGUGCGGGUUCCUGAGGAAGACCCGAGAGCUGGGACAGAGCCACACGUCCGUGAGUCUGCUUCCCUCCUGGGGCCGCUUCUGUGAUCCUAUCCCGCAUCUUGUCCACAGACUCAGUGUCCACUUUCAACCAACGGCCCAGAGCUGUUUAUUCACUGAAGAGAUAACUUAUUUUCUCUCAUGCAGUAAUUUGUCCCCCUUUAUACUACUGCCGAGUUCCCUCUAGAAACAUAAUUUAAGUCCGCAUUGGAGAACGAAAGACUUCCGGCCAGUUAAGGAGUUGAGAGUUUGCCUUUGGGAAGGAAAUGCCACAUGUCUUAUUUAUUAUGCCUGUGACAUGGGUCCUGUAGGGUAGGGGGGGCAUCCCCAGGGCACGGUGUCUUUACCUGCUAUUUGUGGAACUGCGAUUAUUCCCGCCAUGUGCUUUUGACACAUCCUGGUUUGGGAUGAAGUAGAACACAGUGGUAAAGAAUCGUUCCCACCCUGAAGCUUGGAGCUCAGGGGCACCCACAUUUCUGGAAGCGGUCUAGCCUUUGGGGACAGUUCUGUCCUGGGCAUGGUUGUUUCUUCAGAGUUCUCUUUUUAUCUCUUCAGAGUGUAUCUCACCCUUACUGUUCUGUAAUCCUUGUCCUUAGAGUUUUAAGUGUCAACUCCUGUGUUCCAUGGUCUCCACGAGCCACCAUCACCCUGCUGCUGCAGGAACACAAGUCGGGUGUGAUGCUUUUUAGUCAUUACAUUGGACUCAUCUCCUGAGAUACAAAUUCUGUUUUUGUCAGCGGAUGCCAACUUCAAAUUUCAGAGCAUCACCUUUCUGAAAUCUUUGGGUCUUGCAGCUCUCUGGGGAAGCAAACGGCCUCUGGUCUCACAUCUACCUGGAGAGCUCCGAGCUCCUGCCCUCCGCUCACCCUAGCCAACAGACUUGGCUCCCUCAUGAGGUGGCCUCGCUUCCUGGCUCUUGAUGCAGAUCCUUGCUCAUCCCCAGAACCCAGAGCCACGGUGGGGGGGCGCUAUUCCCAAGCAUACUCAGCUAAAGGUGUCAGAUGCUAUCUCAGCUGACAGAUCAUCUCCUGUGUCAGGACCAGAAGCUAUAAGCUACACAAAAUGAAGUGUGCUGUCUCAAAAGCAUUCUUGAGAAGAAUCCCAAAGUCCAGAAAAGAGUGUCUUGUGAGUUCCAAGAAUGCUUCGCUUUGAGUAGGUUUUGUGCAUGUGAAGUGGAUUAAGAAUGUUGUUUUUCUUUUACUGUGAAAAAAAGGAGGCCCCCGACAAUGUUAGGUUCAAAUGUAUCUCACUUCUAGGAGGCUGUGGGGUUGGGAAACGGAUAUCUCAAGAGCAGGAGGGUCUAAGAAGGCAUGAAAACAGCGUGACGGUUACCCAGUUACACGUUAGCUGCCCACCCUGAGUGAGGAUAGGGGAGGCUGGCUCCACCCUUGUCUGGGGUUAAUACCUCCCAAAGGGCCCUGUCUGGGCCGAGGGCAAACAUCCAGGAGGACAGCAGCCGCCUCUGGACUGGAGGGACAGGGCUGGGUGCACCCCUGGGAAGCAGAAGCUCUCACUUCCGGCACAGGUGCUCCGUGUCAGCCCCUGCACCUGGAAUGUGUGACUCGUGGCCACAGGAAUACCACAGUCCUGCCUCGUUGGGGCCCCACAGCUAGGGGAAGGUGGAAGGGAAAAAGGACACUUAACUGCUCAUGAGAGGCUUCAACUUCUGGAGGGCCUGGCGGGGCCGAACGGAAGCCAUGUGUCCUGUAGCAUGCGGCGGCACCACACCGUGACUCAGAGCAGAACGGGGUUCCCUGCCAGCUUCCCAGCCACUGUGGGUUUUGUUUAAGCUCCAGGGAGUCUUCUUUCUCCUGUCUUUUCCUCUCGGCCCCAUGAGCCAGCCCAGGGCCUUAAAGACCAUUGAUGAAGUCUACCUGUCGCGACCAGAAUCUCUGGUGUUCCCCCCCCAUGACCAGGCUCUGUGCAGGGUCCUUGGCCUCACCACACCCUGGUGAAGUGUGCAUGAGAGUGUCCAUUUCUUGCACACGUGAACUUUCAGAGAGGAUGAAUAUCUUGCCUUAGAGAGCCAGGAUUCAAAUCCUUCUCCCUUUCUUGCCUUCCUGGUGAAUGCUUCACCAUCCAAAUGGACCUGACAUGUCAAAGACGGCAGGAGAGAGUGGGCUUACAAAAUACUUUUAAGAACCUUAACAUUAUUAAGCAUCAACUGAACUAAUGAUAUGAAAUGCAAAAAAAAAUGAAUCCUUUUUGAAAAGGUCCUUUUGGGUUCAUUGCAUAUAAUUGCAUCUAUUUUUUGGACACGUGAGGUCAUCAUUAAGAGAAGAGUGGCUUGUGUUUAGUGAGAAGUGUACUGGUACGUGGCUUUGGGUGUAGGAAGGGUGAGGUGAUGACCCGGGUUUUUGACAAACGCAGCCAGACUUAGAUGCCCAUCUGAGGGCUGCUUCGCCUUCUAUUAGAAGCAUAUUUUUGUGAACGUGAUCAGAGUCGUGAACAUAUUCAGUUGAAUGUUUUAAAUGCUGACAAAUCUUCCUCCUUUGAUGAAAAUUUAUUUUCAGAAGCAGCUAAGUCAUUUAGAGCCAAAUUUGUUGAAUGGAUAGUGUAAUCAAGCUGGCUGCUAGCAUUUGGAAUUAUAAACAAAGAUGUGACUAUUAAGUUCUCGAAGAGGUAAUUCUUAAAGUUGGUCCCAACAGAAGGGCAGCAUCUUUGCAGUACAAGGCUGGAUGGCUGCCCAAGAAAAUGUUUUUGAGGGAUGAUAUUUAUUCAGAUGUGGAAGCUCCCAGAGCAGGCACAUUAGGGUCAUUCCUCACAUGUGGCUUUGUGGGGUCUCCAUGAAGCCAUCUUGCCCACUGGCCAAGUGCCCAGGUGCCUGGUAGGCUGGGGAACUUUGCCUGAAGAAGCUAAAGCCGAGCAUUCUAGUUGCUCCUGACUUAGUUUAGCCUAGCAUGCCCCAAAGUCGGGUUCUGACCCAUCGUUCUAAGAUACUUACCCUGAUUUCAAAACUAGGCACUUCUUUGGAGGCAGGAAGAAUGCAAGGUUCAGUAUUUCAGUAUUUUCUGUCUUCUUUAAAACUGCCCUUAAUGUCAGAGAUAUUUUUUUUAUGUGAAGACUUUUUCGGGAUUAGGAGGGACAUGUCAUUUCCUCCUUCUUGACAAAACAUCAUUCUGAGGUUCUUGUGUGCAUUUUUGGAAACAGAUAGGGUUUUGUAGAGUUGUCUUUUGAGUAUGUGUUCUUUUUUUCUUUUCUGAAAUCCCCGGAGAAGGAGACUGGUUAAAAGACUAGAAAUAUUAAAGUAUUAAAUGCCAGUUAAUUUGUUGUGCUAAAGUAUCUUUUCAAUAGUGUUAUAAUCCAUCCUGUUUGGUAUCAACUGCUCACAAAAACGCCUGUGAAACCCAAGGGGACAGUUUAGGUCUAUAAAGAGAGAUCUUAACCAGCUUUGUCCCCUCCGCAUUUUUUAAGAGGACAUUUCAAAGGAUUUGCCUACUAGAUUCUGGUUUUAUCUUUUUUUUUUUUUUUUGGACAUGGAAUGCAGAUGCAGAGUUCUUUCCUAGGAAGGAUGGGACUGGACAGGGAUGGGAUGGAACCAGUCUAUGCGAAACUAACCCAGAUUUCUGUAUUACCUUGGCCUGUUUCUUCAAAAAAAGAAAGUCUUUCAUUAUGGGUUGCUGUGAGUUUUGUUAAUGUUUGUGUUGCUGGACUUAUGGUUAAGUGAAGCAUGUAGCUGGAAUAUGAGCUUCUUGAGUUUUCACAUUGUCCCGAAUUUCUUUUUGCAAACCUUUAAACCUUAGCCCCUGGUUGAUUGUGUUAAAACCAUUAUGAGAAUGUUAUUUAAAGUUGUAUUAUAAUUGCCACCUCCACUAAUUAUUCAGUACUGUAGCAGCAAAGUAUUAUUUGUAAGAAUUUGGUUAUUUUUAUACUUAUAUCUACUUUAAGUCUGGCGUUCUAGUCAGUAAAUGAUGCAAUAAAAUGAGUAUCAUUUUCA